UCCUAAAAGCUAAUUAUAGUAUACUAAGACCACAACAUUUUAAACAUAAACGGACUGAAUUAAUUGAAAUACCAAUUGAAGAAAAUCAACAAGAAAUAUUGCAACGAAUAUUAAACAACCUCCCAAAAACAAAAUAUACAAAUAUUACAUCCCUACUGAAAGAAUUAGUAAAUCAAGAAUAUCUUAAUCGAAAUGAAAAAAUACUAGAAAUAAUUACUGAAAUUGACAAAAUACUUUUAUAG